AUGACGACUAUGGGUGUCACGGUGUUCUGCAACAGGGUACAAAUAAACGGGAACGAUCAGGAGCAGCUGAUGCUGUUGAGAACGCUGCAGGAUAACGAGAGCAACAUAAUCGGCAAUCAGCCUCACUUGAUCAUCCCGAAAAACAGCAACAACGGUGGUAACGCGGAUUCGGUGACAGUACUGCCGCCGUACGAUCCAUCCAGAUUGAAGAAACACGGGAAGAACGGUCAACCGCCACCGGUGGCGGUCGCGCGAAGAAACGCUCGCGAGAGGAAUCGCGUUAGACAGGUGAACAAUGGAUUCGCUACCCUAAGACAGCACAUUCCGAGCCACAUAGCCGCGGGCUACGGAGACAGAGGUAAGAAGCUGUCGAAAGUGGAAACCCUGCGAAUGGCCGUGGAGUACAUUAGGGGACUUCAAAGGCUGCUCGCCGAGGCUGAUGGGGUUGAAUACGAUUCGAAGGUUACCGCCGCGCAAUGCGCGCCUUCACCCACCAGCAGCGGUCCUGGCGACGACGACGUGGAACAGCUGGAGGACGACGAGGAGAACGGGAAGCAAAAACUUACAUUCAACGCGGUUCCAUCGCCACGCGACUACUACGCGUCCUCGGUGGGGGACGAGGAGAAUUUCGAACCGAGGACACUAUCGAACGCGCAGAAUUUUUCCCGUCUCUCCCCUAACUCGGUGGCGUCUCCUCCUUCCGAGUAUUAUGGACAAAACGAGGAGAACCUCGAGCCUCGGAUUCUGUCGCCGUACAGCGGUGCGGAGGACAGUGAAGAGGGUGCGGCCACCGUUUACGCGGCGAGUCCGGAAACCUUUUCUGGUGCCCUGUAUUGUAAGCAAGAGAUCACCGAGUCUGGUGAAUUCAUGGACGUCGUCAGCUGGUGGGAACAGGAGCAGGGCAGGCUAGUACAUCAGCAACACACCCAACGUCUCACACAUGUGUAA